ACAAUUUGUGGGAAACUCGAACUUCGUCGAAAAAGAAAAACAGUCGGGAACAAUUAAGCUUUAAGAUGUCCAAACUUCUUGAUUUACCAUCAAAGAAGGUGUUUAUCAACGACCUGAGGACAUGCCAGAGAGUUACAGUUCCAUCUGAAGAGUCCGACCAGGUGAAGAAAAUGAAAACAUGGCAGAUGUACUGCCACGGGCGACAAUUCCAACUGUCUGUGGUCUGGAUACAGGGGACAGUCACAGAGGUUGAUGACAAUAGUGAUCUUGUCCUGUUAGAUGACGGCACUGGGGCAGCCAAGGUCCUAGGUUGCAGCAAAAUACCAUUCCUUGGGGAGAAGAUUAAGACUGGUCAGUAUGUGAUGGUGAUUGGUCAGCUAGCAAGUGCAGGAUCUAUACCCCAGCUACGUGCCAUCAAGGUCCAGAACCUCAGUCAUAUGUUGGAGAUGGAGAAAAGCUGGUCUUUGGAGGUCACAGACCAAAUGAUGUUGGUCAGCUGAUAUAUGAAGGUCACAAGGGUCUGAUGUUGGUCAGUUGAGAUAUGAAGGCCAAAGUGAUAGGAUAUUGGUAAGCUGAGAACUGAUGGUCACAGGGAUAUGAUGUCGGUCAUGUGAGAUAUGAAGGCUACAGUGAUAGGAUAUUGGUAAGCUGAGAACUGAUGGUCACACCUGUCACAGGGAUAUGAUGUCGGUCAUGUGAGAUAUGAAGGCCACAGUGAUAGGAUAUUGGUAAGCUGAGAACUGAUGGUCACAGGGAUAUGAUGUCGGUCAUGUGAGAUAUGAAGGCCACAGUGAUAGGAUAUUGGUAAGCUGAGAACUGAUGGUCACAGGGAUAUGAUGUCAGUCAUAUGAGAUAUGAAGGGCACUUAUGUCAGCUUAACCGUGUCAAAAGCAUCUUGGAUGAAUAACCAGAUACCAGAUAGUCAUACUAGAGAGGCCUCACCUGACCAGUACAUAGGGUAUCACUGACUUCUGGUGUGUAAUCACUCCACAGGAAUUCUAAAAUCAAACAGUAGCCUUCUCCACGGUAUAGUCGUCAUUAGAGGCCUGAUAAUAAACCCAGUAACUUAAACUAUAAAACAGAAAGAUAUAUCAUUGUCAAGUGGGACGUCGACGACACUGUUAAUCCAAAGCAAUAAUGCUGAUGCAGACUUUUCGGAACAAAAUGUUAGGAUAUUAAAUCAAAAGAAAGCUUUAGCUGAUCAUCCGAAUAAUGUUGCAUACUUGGCAGGGUGUCUUGUUACUGGCAUAUCAGUACAAUGUUCUAACAAAUAUCAAGUCAUGAGGGCAUUUCUAAAUGUAAUCAUGAAAAUAAAUAGGGUUUUCCUUAAAAUUUUGUUUUGUAUGGUACCACAGACUUUUAAGUUUGGAUGUCCAAUUCUUAAAGGAAUUCUUUCCAGUGUGACGAAUCAUGUUCAGUCCAAGUUUUUGAUAUGGUUACCCGGUAUGCACUUUAUAUUGUUAUGAAAACUUUGUUUUGUUAUUCAGUGUUACUUUAUACAAUAUGUUUUGUUGUCAUUUACAAUUCAAAUAAAAUUUUAUGGAAGUAA